AUGACUGGAAGACGCCAAUCUGCUCGUCUCGCGUCUCAAAACUCGGCCUCGUCUCCCCCGCAGCCUCAGGCGCAGCCAAAGUCAUCCCCAGCUGGGCGCAAGCGUAAGAAUGAUGCCAAUGGUAGUCCUCCCACUGCAAAACGGGGAAAGAAAGACGAUGAGCCUAAGCAGCAGACUCUCGAGGAAACGCUGAACAACCAUGCAUCGGAAGACGCUCCACCAAACGCGGCUGAAGGCGUUGUAGACCAGCAGGAAAAUUCUCACAUUGAGAAUGGGUCUGCUGAGAGCAACGGUGACAAAUCUGCUCAGCAGAAUGGCGAACACGAGACUAAAGAGGCGGAUGAUGUCCAGAUGCAAGACGCCAAUGGUGAGAAGGACUCUACCCCAGCAACCACCCAACCCAAGGACGAUGCCAAACCAGAAGAGAAGGAGCCAUCCCAACCGAAACAAGAAGAAACCCAAGCACAAGAGCCUGAGACACAAAAAGACUCCAAGUCCCGGCCAUCAGCAGAAAGCAAGCCAGAACACGCCGAAGAGCAAAAGCCAGAAGCCAGCAACGGCGAUGCUGUGGUGCCCAACGCACGUGGUGAUGAUGUUCCAUCGAGCAUUCUCGAGAAAGGCAUCAUCUACUUCUUCUUCCGUGCACGCGUCAACGUCGAUGAUCCGCAGGAUGUCAAGGACAUUGCCAGAACCUAUAUGAUCAUGCGACCCAUGCCACUCGAUGCGAAACUUGGAGAUGGGCCAAUAGGCGAUGAAGGCAACUGUCGGCUCCUGGCUCUUCCCAAAAAGGUCUUACCUAUAAGCGGCAAAGACAAAUUCAUGACUUUUGUUGAGAAAGCCAAAACGAGCUUCAAGGAGCUGAAGGACUCUUUCAUGCCUGGCUCGGACUACGCAACCAAGACUGCGGGCACCAGUCACUCUCCCCCAGUGACACCCCUUGCCGAAGGUGUGUAUGCCAUCACAACAACCGGACGUGAAUCGCAUCUUGCCUACAUCAUCACAAUCCCCAGUGAACUAGGCGAGGUACAAAAGGACCUAGGGCUCAAGGAGCGUGGAAGUUUUGUGACGAGCGUCAAAAAUCCCACGGCCCCAGCCCCCAACAAUGCCAGUCUACCACAAGGACCAGACUAUCCCAAAGAAUUGUUGGAAGGAUUCCGCGGUCUACGCUGGACACCUCUGGAGCCCAAAUUCCUUGACUACGCAAACGCCCAAUUCUUGAUCAUUGGCGAGUCUUACGAGAAUGCCGUUGAGCAGAGACCUAAGGAUGAAAGGGAAGGCAACGGUCUACCGUCGGAGGAGAUUGAGAAGUUAGAGGGCGAGGACGAGAUACGAGUCAAACACUUGAAGGGUAAGCCCAGUCUCCUGAUCUGUAAGCAAUUGUGA